ACCACUUUAAUUCUAAGCUAACCCACCAGCGAUUAUUCAUCUAAUCCUACCUAAAAACAAUAAUAACUUUUACAAAACCAUCCUUAAUUGACAACAAUACCCCCAAACGUGCAACUGUUUCUUUCUCUUUUGACCCUUUCAGGUGGGGAGAUUUCAGGAAUGAAAGAAAUGAAAGAAUGGAGAUCAAGAAGAACAUGCUUAAAAAUUCAUUUGAAGCUCUCUGAUCAAUGAACAAAAUGCUGGAGGAGGAAGACAUAAAAAGUGUUUUCAUUCUGAGAGACAGGUUAAGUUACCUCGAGAAGGAGAAUGAGAGCCUAAAACAAGAAGUCCUUCAUCUAAAACGCCAGAUCGUCUUACUUCAGGCUCAAGAAUCCAAUAAGAGAUCAGUGCCAAAGACGAAGGUCAAUACCUCUAUCAACAACAAUGGCUCGUCACAAGAAAAGCAAAUCGUGGCAAUCGAAAGCUCGUUCUCUAGACGUGAAUUUCCUGUAUCACUAGCAAAAACUAAGGAUAGAAUGUCGAGAGUGCCAAAACCACCACCAACACCUUCUAAUUGUUUGCUUACAGAACAAAUAGCAAGCGAUAAGGAAGCAAAGCUACCACCUCCACCGCCACCGCCACCAUCAAAACUGCGAGGCCUAUCGAAGAAUUCAGUGAAAAGGGUGCCAGAAGUAAUAGAUCUCUAUCGAGCCAUGACCAAAAGGGAUAGUAAACAAGAACGAAGAACAGGUGGCCUAGGGAUUCAAGUGGUUCAGAAUGCUCGUGAAAUGAUUGGAGAAAUUGAGAAUCGAUCUUCCUACUUGUCAGCUAUUAAGUCAGACGUGGAAACUCAGGGUGAAUUCAUCAAUUUAUUGAAAAAUGAGGUGGAAAAUGCAUCCUUCAGAGAAAUGAAAGAUGUAGAAGCAUUUGUGAAGUGGCUGGAUGAAGAGCUCUCCUACUUGGUUGAUGAGAGAGCAGUGCUCAAACACUUCCCUCAAUGGCCAGAGAAGAAAGCAGAUGCAAUGAGAGAAGCAGCUUGUAGCUAUCGAGAUCUAAAGAAUCUCGAAUCCGAGGUUGCAUCAUUUCACGAUGAUUUGCACCAGUCUGUAUAUGUUUCUCUCAAAUGCAUACAAACUUUGCAAGAUAAACUAGAGAGAAGUGUUCAUAGCUUUGAAAGGGCGAGGGAGAGCGCAAUGAGGAGGUAUAGAAAUUUCAAGAUUCCUUGGGAGUGGAUGCUCAAUACUGGUAUUAUCAAUCAAUUAAAAUUGUGCUCGAUGAAGUUAGCCAAAUUACACAUCAAUCGGGUACUGACUGCAAUAGAAUUAAAUGAGUCAUCUGAGAAUGAAGAUCUAAUGCUUCAGGGUGUUCGAUUUGCUUUUCGUGUUCACCAGUUUGUUGGUGGGUUCGAUGAAGAGUGCAAGCAUGCGUUCCAAGAACUCAAAAAAAUUGGCGAGCAGUUUUGUUUAUGAUCUGAGAGCCAUCUGAAUUGUCUCUAAGAAUGUUUAAAGAUGUUCAAGUGAGACAAGAAUGUAUGAAUAACUAUCUAUGAUUAUAUUUGGGUAUAAAACUUCAGUAGAUCAA